UACGUGUUUAUGAGAUGAUACGUACCCAAACAACACGAUGUUUCAUUAACGUGGCUUUUUUGAAUUAAUUAGUGACACAUUGCGUUAAAUCGGAUGUUUGCCCACGACGUGAGAGCAGUAACCGUACAAUUGCCGGCGUGAUGAGGCUGCUGAUGAUGGUGUCGUGUCUGGCGGUGGCGUCAGUGGCGUCGGAGAAGCCGGUCAUCCUGUGCGGCCGGCAGCUCGCCAACCGCCGCCUCAUACUGUGCUACGGCGACAAGGACGACGAAAAGAGGAUGUACUCCGACUCCUUCCUUGAUUCACCAGUGAGUGAGGAAGACUGGUUCGAGGAGUGGCCAUGGCAGGGUCGGAGGGGAGGUCUGAGCGCGGGGUGGGAGAGAUACAAGAGGGGAGGGCUGGCCGACGAGUGCUGCCUCAAGCCUUGCACCACCGACGUCAUACUCAACUACUGCUGAACCAAAUAUAGUUUAAUCGUGAUAUUCUAAAUACUAUUAGAUUAAUUC